AUAUAAAGACAGUGCUGCUUACGCAAUCAUCAGUUGCUGGUCUUCUGCGUCAUCUUUUGACUUCGCUGAGGACAUGGUGUGAACGAAGACGUUUGCAAAAUGAUUACCGGCAUGGCACUUCUUUCCUUUAUGUCCAACAAGCCUUGGGCUUUGAAGUUUCUCACACAGCAAGAAUAUAAGGUGUUGAUUCGCAUCACUGGCUUUGUGCUGCUUUUCAUCGGUAUUUUGUACGCUGUUCAAAUUAUGCAGUUUGAAGCAAGGAAACGGCAAAUAACCAGCGGCCAUGAUUCAGCGAACAAUCCUCACAGGGAAUACACUACUGAAACAAGUAUUGAUUUGUUAUUUACAACGCUUGGCAACUUUUCGACUGACGUACUUGCCAAUAACAAUGGCAGUUACACCACUGAUAGAAAUCGAUCACCUUACCCAGGGGAAGACGUUUCAGCUGACAUGUCUGCUAAACGGAACAGUAGCAUUACCUCUGUUAGCUGGAUACCUAUUGCAGAAAGCGAUGCUAAGACUGAUAAAACACGCAAUAAUUACAAGAUGGAGUCAGAUACCAAUGUUUCAUCUAGCCUAUCUGAGGAGGAUAAUUACACCUCUCAAAUAGGAUGGUUACCUGAUCCAGACACCAAUGCUUCAGCUGAAAUAUCUGUUGAGGGCCAUAGUAACAAAACUGUAACAAGCUGGUUACCAGCCCCGGAUAUUUCGGCUCCAGUGACUGCUAAGGACUGUUUUAAUUCUAGCAGUGAAAUAGAUGUGUUGCCCACUACAGACUCUAAGGUUUUAUCUGCUAAAUUGAGUAAGGACUCUGGUAACUACAGUACUAUUGAGACAAAUCCGUUUCCUUCUGUAGACCGCAACAUGUUCACUGCUAUGAUGUCCCGAAACAAAAGUGGCUUGUCCCAGACAAAUUUGUCCCCGACAAAUUUGUCCCCUUCUCCACGUAACAAUAUAUCAGCUGCAAUUAACACUAAGAACUAUUUGAACGUUUCUAAAGGAAAUUGACUGCCUCUUCAAGGGAGCAAUAUUUCUGUAGAUAUAACUAUCAGUGAUAUCAAUAACUACACUUCUGAAACACUUUGGUUGCUUGCUCCCACCAAUAACACUUUUAAUGAAAAGGAUGUUCAUUCCAUUGUACCUUUAUCAUCUAAGACUACUUCAAAAAAUCUCUCUAGUAAUUUCAACAAACACUGUGCUUCCCAGUCAGGUUUAUUUGCUGCAAGCCUCCUUCUUUUCUGUCUCAACCACAUUUAAGACUUCUGUGUCUCCAUUUAAAAACCCAGUAGUGAUGAGCAUUUUAGAAACAUUAAUGUUCAAAUAUUGCCACAUAACUGCUAUAUGAAUAUUAUUAUUUUUAUCUGCUAGUGUUUGAAAUUUGUGUUUAAUUGUUGUGGAUCCUUAUUCAUCAAAUAAAUUGGUGCAUUUCAUUGUUAAAUAUCAUCUUGUUAAUAAAAAAUUAUCCCUUCAGAUGUCUACUUUGUAUAAGAUUAAGGUUGAAAUUUGUAUUUUAUAUAAUACAGGUAAUAAUAUUAAAUAAUUUUGCUCAAAAAGGUCAUGUAUUAUCUUCACACAAUGUAUAUUUUCUGUUGUUAAUGUUACAUUGUGUUAAUGAAAUAAAAAUGUUUAUCGCAUGUCUUAUCUGAUUAUUAGAAAUGGGGAAAAGAGUUCUGAAAAGCAUAAUCAUUUUUAAUAUUUCUUUCAACUGUUAUCUUCUUUAUUUAGAAAAGAAAAUUAAUAUCCUUGAAGUGAGGGACUUUUAAGUGAAAGUUGCAAACUCGCAAACUGAUUUUCGCAACACUAGUACAUAAUAUUUCACCUUUUGAAAUGAAUAAAUUUAUUUUCAAAACCUAUUUUGAAUUGGUUUGUUUUUAUUGGCUAUGUUUUGGUAGAA